AUGGCUCCCAACACCCCGUCUCACCCCCACCUCCGGCGCGAUGCAGAAAAUGGCACAAAGCUCAUCGUCAACGGCGAGCCCUUCCUCAUGCUCGCCGGCGAGCUGCACAACUCAAACCUCAGCUCAGCCAGCUACAUGGCCGAGGUAUGGCCACGCAUGGUCCAGCACGGCGUCAACACCCUGCUCGGCGGCGUCUCUUGGGCGCACGUCGAGCCUUUCGAAGGAGAAUUCGACUUUUCGGAACUAGAUAAGGUUAUUCUCGGCGCGCGAGAGCACGGAAUGCAUCUUGUGCUACUGUGGUUUGGAACUUGGAAGAAUGCAGUCAGCACGUAUGUCCCUCCCUGGGUGAAGACGAACUCGAAGCGUUUCCCACGUGUAAGAGCCGUCGAUGCAGACGGCAACCGGAAGAUCCUCGACAUCAUCUCGCCACUAUCCACAGAGUGCGCCGAUGCCGAUGCAAAGGCUUUCGGCAUGCUGCUGGCUCAUCUCAAGGAGUUCGACGGCGACUAUUCUACCGUGCUUAUGGUUCAGGUGGAAAAUGAGACGGGCAUCCUCGGCGAUUCUAGAGACAGGUCUCCUCUGGCUGAGGCGGCGUGGGAGGAGCCCGUACCGGAAGCUCUGCUUGCCCAUCUGGCUGAGAACCCCCACCCGCAGUUCGCAAAGCGCUUCCCUACUAUUCACAAGAGCGGAAAGCACCACUCUUGGGAGGAAGUCUUCGGGGUUGGAGCCCCCGCCGAUGAGAUGUUCAUGGCGUUCCACAUCUCCCGCUACGUCAACAAAGUGGCGGCGGCCGGCAAGGCGGCUUACCCGCUUCCGCUAUACGCCAAUGCCUGGCUCAUCGUCGACGGACCGGAAUGUCUGGAUCCUUCGACUCCCGCCUCAGUAGCAACUUCAGACGAGGUGGCCGGAGGCGCAGUACCGGGACAAUACCCCUCGGGCGGCCCCUGCACACACGUCCUCGAUAUCUGGCGCUUCGACACCCCCUCUUUGGACUUCAUUUCUCCCGACAUUUACUUCCAGGACUAUGAGAUGACGUGCAAGGACUACCUCUACAAAGACGACCCUCUCUUCAUCCCAGAGCAGCGACGCGAUCCCGAGGGCGCCCGCAGGAUGUGGCUGUCGUACGGAACGUACGGCGCGAUAGGAGUCAGCCCGUUUGCCAUUGAGAUUGACCCGACAGCCGUGGGGCGCGAGUUUGUGGUCCUGAACCGAGUCAAGGAUAUCGUCGCGAAGGCGUCCGCCACAGAUCGCUUCGGCUUCUUCUUCGAUGAGCUGGAGGAUCCCCCUAGGAAGGAGAAGACGUGGUCCAAGGUCUUUGGAGACAUGCAGGUUACCAUCGAGCGAGCCUCUGUCUUUGGCAAGCCGGGCUCGGGCGGAGGCCUCGUCGUCAAGCUUGAAGAAAACAAGUUCCUGCUCGUCGGGUUUGGGUUCGACGCGAGGUUUAAGAGCUUGAAGAAGGGGGCCGGGUUCACCGGCAUCCUGACGGCGAAGGAACUGGAAACCGGUGAGGAUGGCAAGCUCCGCGUCGGGCGUAUUUGGAAUGGCGACCAGAUUAAGGGCGGAGAGGCGAUGGUGAUGCACAAUGAGGAUCCCGACUAUGGUGAUUUUCCCAUCCCGGCCUCCCUCCCUGCUCGCACUGGUAUUGCAGAGGUUGAGGUGUAUGUUUUGGAAGAGGAUGCUUGA